AUGUCGGCCUCGAUCCGAGGCGGCUUUCCCCUCUCCUCGUCGACGAACAACCGGCGACGAAGACCGUCGGCUGCGGGCUUGUCGCUCUCGUCGCCUGAUGUACCACAGCUACACUCGAUGCCUACGCGACACGAGUCCCCGCAGACGCAUCCGCCCACUGGAUCGCCGUACAUCCAUCACCACCACCGCGAACCCUCUGGCGGUCCUCCUCUCCAACCCUUGACGCCGCUACACAACCCCGCCACCGCCUCACACACCUCCUCGCACUCGUCCAGCGGCGGCACAACCUCCCCUCACAACCCCUCCGCCUCGUCCCUCUCGCUGACAUCCAUCUCCUCAACCUCGACAACCCACACAACCACAACCGGCAUCUCACGCGCCUCUUCCACGCGCUCGACUUCCUCCGUGCAAGCCGUGCCUAUGCGGAAACCCCAGCGCGCGCCGGCUGUACCGCGGAUCGUGACGAGGGGUAUGAAUGCGUUGGGAGCGUAUGGGGUUGGGCCGGCUAGUGCGGCGCAGAGUCCGACGAGGGGGAGGGGAGAGGGUGCGCCAAUGGGGAUGGGGAUGACGAGCGUGGUUGGAGGGGCAGACGUGAAGGGCAAGGGGAGGUUGGUGGAUAUGGAGGAGGGAGGAGAGUCGAGUGAGGCGGGGAGCGGGAGCGGCGGGGGAGGAGGGGGAAAGAGACCGAGUAUGUUGCAGCGGAGUAGCUGGCGACGGAGAGGGAAAGGCUCGAAUGCGGGUGGAGGAGACGGAUCACUCCCUUCUCCGCUUCCGUCGCCCGUUCACGAGGGAGGAUCCAUCCCGAACUCGCCGGUGGGAGGGAACAGCGACGUCGAACUACCGCCUUUUCGACCGCGCGCAGGAGGGGCGCGGACGGACUCGACGGGAUCAGGAUCGGUUUCGCGCGGUCGAGCCGCAGAUGGGGAGGACACGGGUGCAUCAGCGGCGGCGAGCUGGACGCGCCCGAAGUACGACCGCGCCGACUCGAGCAAGAAGGACGACUUGCCUCGGCUGAGGCGGUCGCAGGAGGAGUCGACUGCGGCGAGUCUGGCGCAGGACCCCGGGCGGGAUGGGUCGCUCAGUCCGUCGCGGGCUGAGGCGAACGGCUCGCCUGACGGUCGACCACCGCCUCCAAAUGCCCACGAACGCCAGACCAGCUCAUCAAGCACCGCCAUGCCCGGCUCGCCUGCCUCCCCUACAACAGGCCGGCGCCCCGACUGGGCUGCAGCAGGCGAAGAACGACGAGGCCGUCCGUUGACGGUCGAGGAACGCCAAGGGUGCAUCGGGAUGACGCCGAAUGCGAUGGGUGUCGUAGGGAAUCGGAGAAGCACGGAGGACUUUGAGUUCGGGGAGGUGCUGGGUGAGGGGAGUUACAGUACUGUAACGCACGUAACGACCGUCCACCCGCCCUACCGGCAAUACGCCCUCAAAGUGCUCGACAAGGAGCACAUCAAGCGCGAGCGCAAGACUAAGUAUGUCCUCAUCGAGCGGGACACGCUCAAGGCGCUGGAUGGACACCCGGGGAUCGUCAAGCUUUGGUGGACGUUUCAGGACGAGUGGAGUUUGUAUUACGUCCUCGAGUUUGCGGAAAAUGGCGAGCUGCUCAAGUGGAUCAAGAAGUACGGCUCGUUCGACCUCCGCUCGGCACGAUAUUACCUCGCGCAGAUUUUGAGCGCGGUCGGCUUCAUGCACGACAAGGGCGUCAUCCACCGCGACCUCAAGCCCGAGAAUAUCCUCCUCGAUCGCAACAUGCGCGUCAAGGUCACCGAUUUCGGGACGGCCAAGCUGCUGAAGAAGGAGGAGAUGGCGGAUGGGCAUCCGCUCGAUGAUCCGAUGGGACGCCCACGCACGCGCUCGUUCGUCGGCACGCCCGAAUACGUCAGCCCCGAGAUCCUCAGCGAAGGGCGCGAAUCGAGCUUCAGCUCCGACUUCUGGGCGCUCGGAUGCGUCCUCUUCCAGAUGCUCGCUGGUCGACCACCGUUCCAGGCGCGAACCGAGUACCUCAUGUUUCAGAAGAUCAUCAACCUCCAGUACGAGUUCCCGCUUGGCUUUCCCGCCGAUGCGAAGGACCUCGUCGAAAAGCUGCUGGUCGUUGACCCGAAGGCGCGACUCGGAGGCGAUCCGGCGAACGGCAACGGCAUUGAGCAAGUCAAGAAUCACCCGUUCUUCACUUCGCACAUUGCGCCCUCGUCGUCUCCUCCCGUCUCGCCCACUCGUACUGCCGACUCUCCUUCGCCGGUCGAAGCGCCCGGCGCCAAGUCGGCUGCGUCGUCAGUAUCGACAGGCGGCCAGCGGACUUCCGGCGAGGAGGAAAAGUCGACGCCCGCUUCUUCCGUUCACGAGCCAUUCUCCGAGCUCUUGUCCAACCCCGCGGCGCAGAAGACACCCGUCGACGCGUUGACUGGUGCGACCGCCGACCUUGCGCUCAGCACGCCGCAACAGACCCCGCCCAUGACUUCGACGCCGCAGCCCAAGCUCGCCACGCCCGAAGACUCCUUCGUCGCUCAUACUCCUCAUCCUCUUGACGCGCCCAUCGACUGGUCGACAAUCUGGGUCGUCGAGCCUCCGCCGAUCAAGACCGGCUUGACGCCUCCCGCUCCGACCAUCCGCGGCGAGUUUGUGCUUCUCGGCGGGAACGAGGGCGCAGACUCGUCGCAGGCGCCGUCGACGACGGGCACAGGCCUCACUGGCGGACGGUCGUACGCAGAGUCGGGUGUUCAGCGCGACGAGGAUGCCGAGUCGGACUUUGGUGAGCGCGGGUCGGUCAGCGAGGAGGACGACGGCGACGAGGUCGGCAGCAGCCCGACGAGCGCCACUGGUGGCGAGAGGCCAGCAUCGGGCGCCGGCAUCGGCAAAUGGGCCGGCGUGCUCCUCCCGUCCGAGACGAUUCUCAUGCUCUCGCCCGUCCUCCAGAAACCGUCCUCUUCCGCCGCAGCCGCCCGGACGGCCAUCCUCUCUCGCAGCUCGCGCAUCAAGCUCCCUCGCAACCCUCUCACCCUCAUCUCGUCCUCCGCCUCCGCCCCGCCCUCGACCCAGCCCUCGCCGCAGAAUGGCACGAUCCCGCUCCCUUCUCCCUCUUCUGGUGGCUCCGCUUCUUCCGUCAACCCGCUCGGCGCAGCGGCCGUCGCAGCAGCCAACUCUCCUCCGACGACACCUCCCGGCUCGAAGCCCCGCACGCUCAUCCUGACCGACUACCCUCGCCUGCUCUGCAUCAAGGAGACGCCCGAGCGCAUCACCGUCAAGAGCGAGGUCUUUCUCGGUAGUGCCUUGCGGGGCGGCAUCAAGAAGGAAUGCGCGAGCGCGUUCGUCGCCGUCGAGCCGAGCAGCAAAGACAGCCGGGGCUUUACCGUCAAGACUUCCGCCCGCAACUACAAGUACGAGGAGCCGUACGGCCAAGCCUCGCGCUGGAUCCACGAGCUCCGCGAGGCGCACCAGACCGGCCUCCUUGUACCCUCGACCCAGCGGUAG